UCAACCCUCCCUGGUCAGACGCCCUCUCUCUCUCUCUCUCUCUCUCUUGCUGCUGCUGGAGGAUGGAGAGACUCGGUGUCCACAGGAAGCGCCUCAAGCGAUCCAAGGCGAAGACGAAGCCGAUCAAGGUGGUGUACAUAGCGAACCCAGUGAGGGUGACCACCAGCGCCGCCACGUUCCGUUCCCUCGUCCAGAAGCUCACCGGGCGGGACGCUGACACGGCCGAGCUCGACACGACGAGCUGCUCUUCACCGUCGGAGCCUGCAGAUGAUGCCUCGACGGCGUCUGCGCCGGCCUCGGUCGCGAGCCCCGACUCCAGUGGCUCGGUCCCGUCAGAGCCCAGCACGAGCGGCGGCGUGCAGCCGGAUAACAGCCUGGUGGCUCCGGUGGAGGUGUUCGAAGAGGGCUUUGAUGCACAGAUGAUGGGGAGCUUUCCUGGCUUCAUAUCUUCGAUACUGUGUUAUGAGCCUCGAGUCGCAGGACUUGAGGGUUUCACUCAACUCCUUUUCCGCCGCCUCUCGACACCCACUUCCCGCCGGUGGGCGCAGCCGCGGUCGCAGCAAAAGGAGCUUCGAAUCCAUCGGGUGGACAAGGGGGAGGCGAUGGGGAACGUGAGCGGGAGGGAUGAGAUCGAGGACGGUGGCGACGAUGACCCCUCCUUCCGAUCGAGGUCCGAUGCCGAUCCCGGCUCCAUCCACGUCAGCCGAAUUCGAUCGGUCGAUUCUGCUGAGGGCUGGCCGCCGGAGAGUCCCGGACGAUCCCGAUCGCCUCUCGUAUUCGCCCCCCAGAUUCCUGUACCUCCCCUUCCAGGAGCUGGUGAUGCCCCUCGUUUAUUUAAUCAACAAUGGGUGAAUGAGCCUGAUCAAUCUUUGGAUGGUCCCUUUGAAAAGGGAAUCCCAACAUUGAUAACAUGGAACCAUGGAGGAAACGUGGUCUUGGUAGAAGGAUCAUGGGAUAACUGGACCUCAAGGAAGCAUUUACAGAGAUCAGGCAAGGACCAUGCUAUUUUGAUGGUUCUCCCUUCUGGAGUUUACCAAUACAAGUUCAUUGUAGAUGGCCAAUUAAGAUAUACUCCUGAUCUUCCUUUUGCAACCGAUGGAAUGGGGAGUAUCACUAAUAUACUUGAUGUUCAUGAUUAUGUACCUGAAAAUGUGGAGAGCAUUUCUGAGUUUAACUUGCCACCAUCUCCAAACUCCAGCUACAGUUGGUCGUUUCCAACGAAUGAGGAUUUCGCCAAAGUGCCACCAGCUGUGCCACCGCAGCUUCACCUUACCGUACUUGGGAUGCAGAAUACCGAUGAAGCCUCACUGAAGCCUCAGCAUGUGGUUCUCAACCACCUCUUCAUAGAGAAGGGAUCCUCCUCCCAAUCAAUGGUGGCACUUGGCCUGACGCACAGGUUUCAGUCCAAGUAUGUGACUGUUGUCCUCUACAAACCCGUGAACAGGUGACACAUGAUCGCUCCUUUGGCACUACAGAAGCUUGUUGCUGUCGACAUUGGUUCAUGUGCUUUUGGUAAUUGGCUAUCAGUUGCUAGCAUAAGUUCUCUCUUCUCAGGUACUUCCGCUUGUAGCUUUUGGUAAUUGGCUAUCAGUUGCUAGCAUAAGUCCUCUCAUCGUGCUUUGAUCAAAAUCGAUCUGCUUGUCUUUGCUCCUCCACAAUUCGUGCCUGCUCCUGAGUUAGAUCUUGUUAAAAAAUAUUAGUCAUUUUUCCUCUUAUUAUAUCCUUUUUUUGCAUUGUCAAGAACAUGACAUCCAUCACUCUUCAUAAAAAAGAUUCAACUACUUCUAGUGUA